UCACCAGUCGUCAGUCGCCGACACUCCGAGCAAACACUUAAUAAAAACAGCAGCCACUAAGUUAAACCGGUAUCGCUAGGACAAACGUGGAAGUUUUGUCUCAGUCGUGAAAAGAAUAACAGAACCGUGAAUCAACGAACGACCGUGAAAAGUUCAGCCUGCAAAAGAGCGCUUCUCUCAAGUGGAAAUUCCAAAAAGGUGUGUUGUUUUUGAGCAAACUUUUGACGGCGACAAUUUCACACGGCAAUUUGCACAAAAUCAAACGAAUCUAGUUUCAAACGACAAACAUCUGUGUUCUAAGUGAAGGUGCGGUUUAUUGUUCCAGUGCUUGGGUUUGGGAGCGAAAUCAACAACGGGAAAAAGCCGCUAACAUGAAAUUCUACGCGUUAACCUUGCUGGUGACGAUGAGCGUUGUGAUGUCGUUUGCCGUUGACGUUGCUGGACAGAGUGCAGCGGAAGUUCCGCCACCGGCUGUACGCGAAAAUGACGAGGUGCAACGCACAUAUCUGGGUGUGAAUGUGUACAAGACGGAGUGGUCCUGCGCCCGGCAGGGUGGACUCUGCGUCCACCGGUCCGACUGCAAAUCGCCCACCACCAAAAGUGGCCUCUGCCCGGAAAGUGCCCAUCGGGGCGUCGAGUGCUGCUACGAAGUGAUGCCAUCGCAGCUUUCGCUGCCGUGCAACGAAUACCAGGGCGAAUGCAUGAAGCACUGUAACGCGCUCGGGCUGCGACGUCCGGCCAACGACUGCCAGGAGGGCGAGCAUUGCUGCGUGUUGACGUUCUAGACGCUGAAGCUGAAAAGUCCACCGCCGUCGCCACUUUAUUGGAUUUACGCGCCACGUUCGCAGCAGCAGCAGCAGCAGCGUACUUAUCAAAAUCACAUUGGACACGUGGAUGCUUGGCUAUAACAUUGGACACUUUGCGAAAUAAAAACGAUCCACGUGGAUUUGAAUUAUGGUGGCACGAGCUUGACACACCUUUUCAGGGACAGUAUUUCAAAAA